CACCUGGAUUCGUGGGGGUUCGAAGCACGAGAACUAUGAUGUUAGGUUUUGUGUUGGCCAUUAUGUGAGUCCCUCUAUUGCUUGGUUUUCUCCCUAUGCAUAAAAGCUGGGUAGAUACCCCAACGACUAGUUUAUAGCACACUUUGGUUUCUUCUCUUUUUAAGAGGUUUGCGAAGACCCCUCUCUCUCUCUCUCUCUCUCUCUCUCUCUCUUGAAGAAUCUGUCAGGUAUAUUAGAGUUUUUCUAUGACCUAUCUUAUCACAUUCUAGUAUAUGAGUUUCAUCCCUUUGGAUUCACAUAAUAAAAGUUUUUAUAUACACCCACACACAACAAGAAAUACAUAUAUAUAGUUUCCAUUCAAUAAAAAAGGAUUCUCUAAUAAUUAAUGGGUAUGGUAUUGUUCCUUCUCACAUUCUUACUUUCUCUUUCAAUUGAUUUGGAAAUGCAGGCAGAGGGAGUAAAAAUAUUGCAAAGUAAAUAAACAACAUAUAAGAUAAAUUUGGGGAGAGGAGGAGAUUUUUGAAUUGACUUUCAGGGUUAUCUAAUUUCGAAAUGGAGGGCGGACAUUUUUGGGGAUGGAGGAGGAAUUCUUUUAGAUGCGCAGGUAAUGCAGGAGAGAGGGAUGUGACGCAAAUGGUUUCGACAUUACCGUCGAUUCCUCAACCACAAACACCAAAGGAACCCAUGGCGUUCUUGUCCAGAUCAUGGAGCCUCUCUGCUUCCGAGAUAUCGAAAGCUCUGGCUCAAAAACAAAAACACUUCCUGGUUGGUAAGGAUCCGAAUGGAAUACCAGAGAGAACAGUUCCACAUAUACAUUCAGGCAAGGUAACAAAAUCUUUCAACGCUAGGAGAACGGGGUCAAUAGGUAGGUGGUUCCACCAAAAGGACUAUAACAACAGCACCCUAAAGAAGAAAGACAAAGCGAGAGUAGAAAAUGCACGAACGCACGCUGCUCUCUCUGUUGCUGGACUAGCUUCAGCAUUGGCUGCGGUGGCUGCAGCAGAUAACUCCAAAGGCCCAGGCUCAAAAAUGAGCGCGGCUUUGACAUCGGCUACAGAGCUCCUGGCAUCCCAUUGCAUCGAGAUGGCUGAAUCAGCUGGGGUUGAUCACGAUUGUGUGGCUUCUGUUGUCCGAUCGGCAGUAAACAUUCGAGGUCCAAGCGACAUAGUGACACUAACUGCUGGAGCUGCAACAGGUGUGUUGCGAUGGAAGCGUGUUUCUGUCUAUAUCAACAAGAAAUCUCAGGUCAUGAUUAAGAUCAAAAGCAAACAUGUAGGAGGAGCCUUCACCAAGAAGAACAAAUGUCUUGUUUAUGGACUCUGUGAUGAGACCUCGGCAUGGCCAUUCAGAAAGGAAAGGGAUCAAAUGGAAGUCUAUUUUGGAGUCAAAACAGGACAGGGUCUUCUAGAGUUCAAGUGCAAGAACAAGAUCCAUAAGCAGAAUUGGGUAGAUGGGAUUCGAAACCUUCUUCGUCAAGCGUGUAGCAUUGAAGAUGAUGAGCGCUCUAUCAAAUUCUUAAACAUUACUAAGAGUACAUGACUAGUUUGUAGACAUACUUGGUUUAAUAGUCAGGGUUCAUCCGAUACUUCGACAAUAGGUGGGAAGUAACACAAUUGGGAUCGCAACAUUACGGGGGGUUAUAGUUUUUCAAAGAAAGCAUUCUCCUGUUAUACAAGUGAAAAUAUUUUUUGCACUCCUAAGAAA